AUGAGUCUUUCCGAGCCCCGCGCCCCCAAGCGGCGCCAUACAUCCACAUCCCAACCCAGCAUCGCUAUCAUUGGCGCCGGUCUGGCUGGCCUCCGCUGUGCUGAUGUACUCGUCCAAAACGGCAUCAGUGUCACCAUAAUAGAAGCAAGGGAUCGAAUAGGUGGCCGAGUGCACCAAGGAGAGCUUCCUGGCGGACGGGCGGUUGACCUUGGCCCCAACUGGAUCCAUGGAACAGACGACAACCCCAUCCUCGAUAUUGCAAAACAAACGAAUACCGCUGCGGGAAGCCUCAACUCAAAUGUGUGGGUACACGACCACCUUGGCGGCUUGAUGUCACAGGAAGAUGGCGAGAAAUACAGCGCAAUGGUCUGGGACCUCGUUCAACAGGCAUUUGAGCAUUCCAACACGCACGGCGCAGAGACUCACGCGGAUAAGAGCCUGCUCGACUUUGUUCAUGAGCGGAUUUCGGACAUGAUCCCCGAAAGCGACGCAGAGUGUGCCAAGAAACGAGGAGUCCUUGUUCGCCUGGUCGAGAUGUGGGGGACGUUUGUUGGCAGUCCGGUCUCUCGACAGAGCCUCAAGUACUUUUGGUUGGAGGAGUGCCUGGAAGGAGAAAACCUUUUCUGCGCCGGCACGUACAAGAAAAUCCUGCACCACAUCGCGGACCCCGCCGUCACUGGAGCGGACUUGAUGCUAAACUCCAAAGUGACUAAAGUCACGCGCCAGUACCAAAGCAGCAACAAGGUUAAAAUAGAGCUUGACAGCGGUCGGCAUCUCUUGUUUGACGAGGUUGUCGUCACCGCGCCGCUUGGCUGGCUGAAAAGACACCCCGACGCAUUCAACCCUCGCCUCCCGGCACGACUGACAGAAGCCAUAAGCGCCAUCGGAUACGGGUGCCUCGAAAAGGUAUACAUCACCUUUCCCACGGCAUUCUGGCUCGUGUCCAUGAGAAUGAGGGGAUUCAUAGAAUGGAUCACGCCAACCUACGCCCCCUCCAACCCGCAUCAGUGGCAUCAAGAUGCCUUUGAGCUCGGCAGCCUUCCUGAGCCACACAACCACCCAACUCUGCUGUUCUACACUUUUGGCGAGCAAUCGAAAUACAUGACGUCCACACUCGCCAAACUAACGACCCAGUCCCAAAGGACGGCCUUCCUAGUAGACUUUUUCCAGCCCUACUACUCGCUGUUGCCAAACUACUCGGCCGACUCACCGGACUGUAAACCCCUGGCGUUGCUCGCGACGGAGUGGUUAAAUGACGAAUUCGCAGGGAAUGGAAGCUACUGCAAUUUCCAGGUCGGCUUAGAGAAGGGUGACGAGGAUAUAGAAGUCAUGAGGCACGGUUUGCCCGACCAAGGGAUAUGGUUUGCGGGCGAGCACACGGCGCCGUUUGUGGCCUUGGGAACCGCAACGGGAGCGUAUUGGAGUGGUGAAAUGGUUGCGAAGAGGAUCGUCGACACGUACGCCAGAUUAAAGCAAAGUUGA